UUACUUCUUGUCCUCAUCUUUGUUCUGAACCAAAACUCGGUUCAACCGAACCCGACCGAACCGAACCGGUCCAGUUCCUUAUAAAAACCCAACCUUCAUCUUUUCAAAGAGCGCGCUCUUCGCUGGUUCCAUGGCGGCUUCCACUUCCUCCCUCGCCGUCAUCCUCUUCUCUCCCCGAAACCGAAACCCUAACCCUAACCCUAACCCUAAAUUCUCUCCUCUCUCCUUCCCUAAAUCCAUGGCUUCCUCUCAUCUCCACCUCCGCCACCGCGUCUUCACCCCAAUAUCAGCCACCGCCGCCUCGCCGCAGACGGUGGUGAUGGAUUUCGACCUAGAGAAACCACGCGAGGAGUGCGGUGUCGUGGGCAUCGCCGGCCACCCGGAAGCCGCCCGGCUCUGCUCCAUUGCCCUCCACGCCCUUCAGCACCGUGGUCAGGAAGGCGCCGGCAUCGCCGCCUCCGAUUUCUCCACCAUCCGCUAUUUGACCGGCCUCGGUCUCGUGUCUGAGGUCUUCAACGAUUCCCGUUCCCUCCUCUCCCUCCCCGGCUCCUCCGCCAUCGGCCAUGUCCGUUACUCCACCGCCGGCGCUGCCUCUGAGCUCCAAAACGUCCAGCCCUUGCGCGCCUCCUACCGCUUCGGCCAGCUCGCCGUCGCCCACAACGGCAAUCUCGUCAACUACCCCUCUCUUCGCGCCUCCCUCGAAGACCAAGGUUCGAUCUUCAAGACCUCCUCUGAUACUGAAGCUAUUAUCCAUCUAAUCGCCACCUCAAAGUCCCGCUCCUUUCUCUCUUGCCUUGCCGAGGCGUGCUCCGCUCUCCGCGGCGCCUAUUCCCUGCUUUUCCUCACCGCCGACAAGCUCCUCGCCGUCCGCGACCCUCACGGCUUUCGCCCCCUCGUCCUCGGUCGCAUCCCCCGUGAUAACGGCUCCCCACCCGCCAUCGUCUUCGCUUCCGAGACCUGCGCGCUCGACCUCAUCGGCGCCCAGUACGAGCGUGAGGUCGAGCCCGGCGAGGUCGUCAUUGUCGAUACUCAAACUCUAGACAUCUCCACUGCCUGCUUGAUUCCUUCCAAACCUCGCAAAGCUUGCGUCUUUGAGCUCAUCUACUUCUCCCUCCCCCAAUCCAUUGUCUUUGGCCAUCCUGUUUACCAAGCAAGAUGCUCUUUUGGUGCUACUCUUGCUGCAGAGUCUCCUGCCCCUGGUGCUGAUGUAGUUAUACCAGUGCCGGACUCCGGCUUCUUCGCCGCCCGCGGCUUCGCCGAGCGUUCUGGUUUGCCAUUCCAUCAAGGCCUAAUUCGAUCACACUAUGUCGGAAGAACCUUCAUUCAGCCAUCUCAGGAGAUUCGAGACCUCGGUGUGAAGCUUAAGUUAUCACCCAUUCGGGGAAUUCUCCAAGGGAAGAGUGUUGUUGUUGUUGAUGAUUCUCUAGUCCGAGGAACGACAUCAAAGAAAAUUGUUAACCUUCUUCGUGAUGCUGGUGCAAGGGAAGUUCAUAUGAGGAUUGCAAGCCCUCCCAUUAUUGGUUCUUGUUACUAUGGUGUCGACACGGCACGUCCCGAAGAGCUUGUUUCAAAUCAAAUGGAUGUAGAGGGAGUGAGGAAGGAGAUUGGGGCAGACUCUCUUGCAUUCUUGUCAUUGGACAGCUUGAAUGUUUUACUUGGAGAUGAGGCACCGACAUUCUGUAAUGCUUGCUUCACUAGGGACUAUCCUGUCCCUCCAGCAGAGCUUGUGGAAGCUAAAGCCAAAGAACUCUUAUGCAUCAAUUGAUUGAAGACAACAUUGCUUCUUUUACAAGAGGAAUUAAGGUUUUCAUUUGCUUCUCAUUUUACAAGUCUCUUACUUUUGUGAAUUAGUUUAUAUAUUUCUGUAGAUAGAGAUGUUGACAUAAUUAAUGCUUAUAGAAUUUCAUUA